UCCAUGGGGAUAAUCUUGUGUGAGAGAAAAGAAAAGAGAAGCUGUGCAUUCGACUAGCCCAGGCCUGAUACACACUCCAUCAUCAAGGAGGCCUGUUUAUGUCUACAGCAUCAACCUUGUGAGACCCCUCCAGCAUCCUCCCACUUCCUACCUUUCAGCUUGAUAUUUCUUGGCCAGGGCUCCUCAACUUUGGCCUGGAUUCCUCAGCCAUGUCAAGCCCUAGCAGCAGUCCAGAGAGAGAGGGAGGGGUGGUGGGUUCUGUUCAACUGGAGGACCUCUCAUCUCCUCCAGGGUUGGAAACUGACUCAACUUUUGUUGGCAGUCCAGUGCUCAGUCCAGACUCCAGUUCCCACGAUACCGCACUCUCAGCCCCGGCAGUUUCCCCAGCUGACUCAGAAAACCUUAGUCCAGAUGAGCUUGAGCUUCUGGCUAAACUGGAGGAACAAAACAGGUUGUUAGAGGCAGAUUCUAAGUCCAUGCGUUCAAUGAGUGGAUCUCGGAGAAAUAGUGGGUCCUCUUUGGUGUCAAGCUCAUCUGCAUCCUCUAACCUGUCCCAUCUGGAAGAGGACACCUGGAUCCUGUGGGGACGCAUCGUCAAUGAGUGGGACGAGUGGAGACGAAAAAAGGACAAACUUUUGAAGGAGCUAAUUAGGAAAGGCAUUCCUCAUCAUUUCAGAGCAAUCGUUUGGCAAUUGUUAUGUAAUGCCACUGACAUGCCUGUGAAGAAUCAGUAUUCUGAACUCUUAAAAAUGUCAUCUCCAUGUGAGAAACUUAUACGCAGAGACAUUGCCCGCACGUACCCAGAACACGACUUCUUCAAAGGCCAGGACAGCCUGGGGCAGGAAGUUCUGUUUAACGUCAUGAAGGCAUAUUCUCUGGUGGAUCGGGAGGUUGGUUAUUGUCAGGGCAGUGCCUUCAUCGUAGGAUUACUACUGAUGCAGAUGCCGGAGGAGGAGGCUUUCUGUGUGUUUGUUAGACUAAUGCAGGAGUACAGGCUUAGAGAGCUGUUUAAACCCAGUAUGGCUGAACUCGGUCUGUGCAUCUACCAGUUUGAACACUUGCUACAGGAGCAGUUGCCCGAAUUGAACAUUCAUUUCCGUUCUCAGAGUUUCCACACUUCUAUGUACGCUUCAUCCUGGUUCCUUACACUCUUCCUCACUUUCCUGCCCCUACCAAUAGCUACACGUAUAUUUGACAUCUUUAUGUAUGAGGGUUUGGAGAUUAUAUUCCGAGUUGGGAUAGCAAUACUGCAAUACAACCAGACAGACCUCAUACAGCUAGACAUGGAGGGAAUGUCACAGCACUUUCAGAAGGCGAUUCCUCAUCAGUUUGACAGCUGCCCAGAUAAACUCAUCCUACGGGCCUAUCAGGUCAAGUACAUUCCCAAGAGAAUGAAAAAACUAGAAAAGGAGUAUACCACCAUCAAGAACAAAGAGAUGGAGGAACAGAUUGAGAUUAAGAGACUACGUACAGAAAACAGACUACUGAAACAGAGGAUUGAAACCCUGGAGAAAGAGAGUGCUGCAUUAGCAGACAGGUUGAUUCAGGGUCAGGUGACACGAGCUCAGGAGGCCGAAGAGAACUACGUAGUUAAGCGUGAACUUGCAGUGGUUCGGCAACAGUGUCAUAAUACCAGUGAGAGUCUGAAGAAGGCACAGGACAAUAUCCGAGAACUUCAGCAACACAAGUAUACGGAGGAGUUUGUGAGCGGGCUGCAGACUCAGUUGGAACAGUCUCGGCUGCAGGAGGCCGAACUACUCGGUGGACUGAAAGAAAUGCAGGACAAAGUGCUGGAUCUGGAGAAGAGGAGCAGCUCUCUGCCUGAUGAAAUUAAUGUAGCUCAACUUCAGGAGGAGUUGAAGCUGGUGAAACUGAGAGAGCAGGAGACACUCCGGUCCUUCAGAGAGAUGCAAGAGGCCGUUACUGACCUUAACCACUGCUGGCAGAAUCAUACAUCUCGUGGAGGAGGAGGCCAUUGGAAAGAGUCUCCUAAGAAGAAUGCAUUAAAUGAGUUGCAGGAUAAACUAAUGAGUUUGAGACUGCGAGAGGCUCAAACACAGGCUGAACUCAAAGAGGUCAAACUUAAAAAUCUGCAGCUGGACAGCCAGAACCAGAUCAAUUGUAAGCUAGUUGGUCGGCAUGAGCAGGACAGCGCCUCCCUGCAGGAGAGGCUUCAAAACGCUCUUUCUCACAACAAAACGCUACAGAGCCAACUUAGUGAAAUGAAGAGAAAGCAGGCUGAGUUUGACUGCAAGAGCAAAGAAGAGGUUAUGGCAGUGCGACUAAGAGAAGCUGACAGCAUGGCAGCUAUAGCUGAACUGCGGCAGAAGAUAGCCGAGCUAGAAAUACAGAAAGAGGAAGGGCUGAUCCAAGGCCAGCUGAAUCACUCAGACUCCAGACAGUAUAUAACUCAACUGAGACAGCAGAUCACUGAACUCAAGAAUGAGAUCAGGCAUCUGCGUGGACAGCCCUCCAAGUUCCAGAACACUGGUGGAGGGGUUUAUCAGGACCUGUGUUUGGCUAGCCCAGCAUCUGCUGAAGGUGAUUACCUCAGUUCAGAUGAGGACCCUCUUCUGAGCCACCUGCCCAUGACCGGCCUGUAUCCACACCACUCGUCACCUUGCCUAGACAGCCAAGGCAGCACGGACAGCGAUGAUCCAGCUGAUCUCCAGUAUGGCCCACCUACCUCUCCAACACCCUGGUUACCUGUCAACUCUAGAGAUAUAAGACACAUGGACUGUUCUCUCAUGAGUCCUCUGAGGGAUUUGGCCACAAAACACUGCAGCUUAUGUGGCAAGGUCUUCUCUUCGCUUGCACGCCUGGAGACUCACGUGUACAGAUCACACGGUAGUCAUCAUGGACACUCUAUGGUGUUCUGUGACAAUAAAAACCCUGUGAUGCCAUGUAGGGUAAAGGAACGGACAUUUGAUUGUAAGGAAUGUGGGAAGGUGUUCAAACGUUCAUCCACACUUUCUACUCACCUCCUGAUCCACUCGGACACAAGGCCAUAUCCCUGCCAGUACUGUGGCAAGAGAUUCCACCAAAAAUCAGACAUGAAGAAACACACCUUUAUUCACACAGGAGAAAAGCCACAUGUGUGUAAAGUGUGUGGUAAAGCCUUCAGUCAGAGUUCCAACCUGAUCACACACAGUAGGAAACACUACAAACCCUUCAGCUGAACACGCUUACCCACAAAAGCCGGACCUGCAUCAACAGCAGCUGGAUUUGUA